GGUCAAGGCCAUAGUUCGGUCUUUCAUCUGUAGCGUGACUGCAACAAACGAUGGGCAGCGAAUACCUGCAGCAGUUUCUUAGAAUGUAUUCAAUAUAUAGACACAAAAAACAGUCUGACAGUUGGAAUUGUUAAUAGUAUAGAUGAUAAUGGACUGAAAUUUCGUUUGAAAGGGAUCUUAUGUUAAUUAAGUGUGUGUAAAAGUAACGACAAUGUCUUCUGUUGUGAUCAGCUGUUCGAGACUUCCUCUCUUAAGUUUUCGACAUCUGUCAGGUUAUUCACAGAAAAGAUCAUGGUCUGAUGAUGUGUAUUAUAGGUCUACUGAAUACAGAGAAAGAUCCACCUCGGUGACAUCUUUUUACAACCAAAGUGCAAUAGACAAAAUUGCAGCAAAGUCUUCCAUACGUCUGACACCUACAACUAUCCUGUAUGCUGGGAAAAGUCCAGACAACAGUCACUUAUUGAAAAGUGCUCAGUAUCUGUAUAAUGAGUUACCUGUCCGUAUUGCCCAUCGUAUCGUGGGAUUUAGAGGUCUACCAUUUAUUGUUGGAUGCAACCCUACCAUUCUACAAGUUCAUGAGAUGUACAUUAGAGCUUUCCACAUCCUGUUUAAACAUCCACCAGUGAUAGAUUUGAGAUCAGAAGAGACCUACACAGAGACAUUACAACAACUUCUGGACGAACAUAAAGAUGUAGUCACAUUGUUAGCAGAGGGAUUCUCGGAGUGUAGAAAACAUUUACAGAAUGAAGGAAUGAUUAAAGCUUUCUUAGACAGAACUUUAAAGUCAAGACUUGGUAUACGCAUGUUAGCUGAACAUCAUUUAGCCUUACACAGUGAAAAGAAUGAAAACUAUAAUGCCAGGCCAAACCAUGUGGGGAUAGUCACUGCAUCAUUCUCACCUCGCUCGCUAGUCACACAGAAAGCCGAGUUUGUAAGAGAUGUUUGUCAAAAUAAGUAUGGACACGCCCCUGAGUUCCGAGUGACAGGACAUGUACAUGCUACUUUUCCAUACAUUGCUCCACCAUUUGAAUAUAUAUUGGGGGAACUUCUCAAGAAUGCAUUUAGAGCUGUAGCUGAGAGCCACAUGGACAACAGAAAUAACUUACCAGACAUCAAUAUAACUAUAGCUAAUAAUGACAGAGACUUUAUUAUCAGAAUAUCAGAUAAAGGUGGAGGUAUCCCUCAUGACAUUGUAAAACAAGUGUGGGACUAUAACUUCACUACAUCUGGAACAGAUGAGAGGGUCAGCACUGGACUGUUUGAUGAGAUUACAAGUCCUCAACACAUGAGUGGAUCUGCUCCUGGUAGAAUGCAUGGAUAUGGAUUUGGGUUACCAGGCUCCAAAGCUUAUGUUGAGUUCUUGGGAGGAUCCCUAACAAUAGAGACCAUGCAAGGAAUCGGUACUGACGUGUAUCUACGGUUACCUCACAUUGAUGGAGACAGAGACAGCGGACAUCGGGAACCAUUCAGAAUAUAAAUAUUUAAUCACAUGCUUUUCACAUUCUUGGUAACCAUGGGAACACAUUUAAUAUUGCUGCUGUAUAACUUUUUUUUUCAUGCAAAUUUUGUUCAUAAACGGUUCAUUGUCAAUUAUUUCAUAUAGUUUGUAUAUUAAAAAAAAGCAUUAGGAACAAAGGGUUCUAGAAUAUUUGUAAAAAAACUGUAAUAUUUGUUCAAUUUAUGGAUUCCUUAGGUUUAGUGUGUAUAAUUAUUAUAAUGAAACUAGUCCUGAUAAAUUUAUAUGUAAAGGAUACGUAUAAUGCAAUGUUAUCUCCUGAAUUUGAAGCAAAGUUUGUAAUAAUAUUUACAUGUCUCAAUUUUAAGGUUGCCCAAAAUUCAUAUGUAGUUCACAACUUGUUUCACUUUGUAGAAAAUUUAUGGUCCUCCACCAAAUCUUGUUCCAGCUAUGUAUUGUUAUGUUUGUAAAAGUUUGAUGCUAGACAAAUGCAUCCCAGGUAUAUUUUUGUAAGUGCUUAUCUAUGGUUAUGUCAAAAUGAAAGCAAGGAUCAUUCAACCAAAAAAAUUAUUACCUUCAAUAAUUUAUAGAAUUUUCUGCUAAAAAUACUUGUUAUAUGCAUAUGGUCAUUUGUAAAAAUGUUUCUUUCAAAACUUUAAACCAUGUUUUUCUCUGCAAAAUUUUCUUACAAAUUUUCUGUCUAGGUAAGAAAGUAAUUAAAAAUGGUUUAAAUACUGGUAUAUUUCAUGUUGUUAAUAAAAAUCGAAUUAUAACUUUGAAGAUUGGUAACUCACUGAUCAGUGUUAUAAUUUCCGUCCAAAUUCAGCGAAAAAAAGGAAUCUCAAGCAUUUAUUCACGAAUCUCAUUAAACAAAGUUCAGAAGCUUAAUAUUGAAAAUCAUUUUGUAAAUCAGAAAAGUAUUUAUUGAGCUUAUUUUGUUGUUUACCUCAAAUAUAUUUAUAUACCUUUCUAACUUUCAUUAAUUUUUUUAUGCCACUAUAUAUUUAAAUCAUUCAUAAUUUUUUAACAUGAGGCAAGUCACAUCACAGAUUUCUAAAUUAUCUGAUUUUAAUUAAGAAGGUUGUCUCCCCUGUAGACACAUGAUAUAAUUAUGCAUGAGGCAAGUCACAUGACAAUUUCUCAAUUUAUCCUAUUUUAAUGUUAGAAGGUUGUCUCCCCUUAAUAGACACAUGAUUUAAUUUAACUUUCUAAACAUUUGAAUAGCUUGAUACUUAUAAAUUAAAUUUGCUAUUUAUUUCCUCAUGAAGUUGUUUUUUAAAGAUGAUAGCCUAAUAGUGCUGUUGAAUUGUACUAGUUUUUACAAGGACAUCCUGAUAUAGUGCUUUUAAAUAGUACUAGAUGUUACAUCCGUGUUCAAAACUUAGGUGCUUUGUUUGAUACAUGAUGAACUUACACUAUUAAUAAUCACCAUUAUACCCCCAGAAAAGAUGUUUUGAUACUGAAUUAAUGUGUGUGGAUUCUCUGGAGUUUCUGUAGAUUCACCUAGUUGUUUGUUUAAAGUUAAAUAUGUUGGAUUCAAUGAUUGUAUAAAAGUUUACAUAUAUUUAUUUCACAUUAAUAAAUUUAACUUCAUGGAGAAAUAAGAAUACUAGUCGUAUUGAAUAUAAUUAAUCAGUCAAAUUGAAACUUUUGUUGAGAUUUUGAAUAAAAUUAGCAUUGAAGAUGAAUUUCAUUUCAUGUUAUGAAGCAGUAACUUAUAUAUUUCAUUCUAAAUCAUACAUAUGCCAUGACUACUCUUUUAUCUUAGUAUGCAUUGGGCUUGUGUAUUUCAUCAUUUGUUAUGUCUUUUAUUUUUAUUUUUGCUGGCAUAACAAACUGUAUUUAUAUCUUUACAUAAAUUAAAUAAUUUUCCUGUAAAUUUACACAGGGACUAUGUGUUUUACAUUUACUUGCUUUGCUUUGACAUUGAAGAUGAAUUUCAUUUAUUGUUUACAUGUCAAUGUUAACAUUGAUCUUUGAUGAUAUUUAUAGUAUUUGUUGUAUUUCUUUAUAUGACAGAAAUUGAUUUGUGUAUGUUAUAUUUUAUGAAUUUUCAAUGUUGGCAUAUUGUCAAUUCGUUUAAAGAUUAUUAUGAAUGUAGAUUUUGAUUGGCCAUGAAUGUAGAUUUUGAUUGGCCAGUUUAUUAUGAAUGUAGAUUUUGAUUGGCCAUGAAUGUAGAUGUGGGCAUUAAAAUUCACAUUAAACUACUGGACAAAAAAAAAAGAAACCAUUAAAGUGAUGUUAUUGUUAAAAUAAUGCCAAGAUUUGAGUAAAGGGAGAAUUGACACUGUAGAAAGAAAAAAAAGUCAAAUUGUGUCAACAUUUGAAAGAAGUUGUAAUAUGAUACCUUGAAUUAGUGCAGUGAAAUGGACAGAACUCUGUGAAAAUUUGCUAAUGAAUUUAAGAAUUUGUAAUGUUAGCACAUGUUUAUAUGUUAAGCCUGAUAUGUAAUGUUUCUUUGUUUGUUAAUUGUCGGAGGUAUGAGGGACAUGGAAUCUUUAGGUAUGAAUAAACUUCAUUUCACUAGUU